UCUGUAGCUAAUGUCAGUGAUGUCAAAAUGUAUUUUUUAGAAUUUUGUUAUUAACUUUUAAAUAAGAAUAAAUAUCAUUGAGAUUUAAUUUUUUAGAUACUUUGUUGUAACCUAAUUCUAAUUUAAAAUCAUUAAGUCCCUUUAUGACACCUUCAAUAAUUUUAUUAGGUUCUGAACUUUAAAAAACAAAAUGACCAAUGCGACUAUACAGGAGAUAGAAGGAAUAGAUGAUUACUGGGGUCCAGCAUUCCGCUCAGUGUAUGAAGGUGAAGGGCAUGAAGCAUUUGUUCAACAAUUGGAUGAAAGAAUCAAGCAACAUGAUAAAGAGAUUGAGAAGUUGUGUAAUUUUCAUUACCAAGGUUUCAUAGAUUCAAUUAGGGAGUUGCUUCAAGUGCGUUCUCAUGCUGAAGAGCUUCAUGCCAAGAUAUCAGAUGUUGAUGCUAAUGUUAAAGAGACUACUGAAAGUCUAUGUGCAAGAGCUCAAGAUCUUAUCAGAGCUCGUAGAGUGGAAUUAAAUAUUGCCGCCACAAUUGAAAAGAUGGAAUUGUGUCUACCACUACUUACUACAUAUUCAAAACUGAAAACACAAGUGGAAGCAAAAAGAUACUACCCUGCUCUCAAAACCCUAGAGCAAUUGGAACAUGUAUUGCUUCCACGGGUGGGCCCAUACAAGUGGUGCGCCCAGAUAUCGGCUGACAUACCUCGACUACGACAGGCGAUACAGGACGCGUCUAUGGCAGACUUGAGAGAUUUUCUGGAAAACAUACGCACGCUCAGCCCACAGGUUGGUGCUAUGGCGUUAAAGCAAACUCAAGACAUGUCGGGAAGAAGUUUAGCCAAUAUUGUCAAAAAUAAAAAAGACAUGACAGUAUUGGGUAUAGCCGCUAAAGAAAGCAGCGGGCCACAAUGUCCUCACGAAUUGGUGGAUUUUAGUCCCCUGCACCGAUGUCUGCAUAUACACAGUGUUCUCGGCGCCAAGAAUGACUUUAUACAGUAUUAUAGAGCUCAACGCAAGCAGCAAGCCCGGCUGGUCCUCAUACCGUCUUCUGGAAAUCUCCAUGACUCCAUCCAAAGUGUAAAGAACUACUUGAAUGCUGUCCUCGGAUUUUUCAUACUCGAGGAGCAUCUUCUGAGUACAGGAGCCGGUCUGGUGUCAAAAGACUGGUUGCUAGAUACAUGGAGCAUGGCGGUGACAAAGGUGGCUUCAACUCUGCGGACCAAUACAUCUUUGAUCACGGACCCGACCUUAAUGCUGAGCAUUAAACAUCAGAUUGUGUUAUUCAUAAGUACAUUGAAAUGUUACGGUCUGCCGACGGAUCCAUUACCCCUGCUGCUGCAUGAAAUGGCCGAGCACUACACAGAAGUGCUUAUGCAGAGAUGGGUGGUCGUCUUCAGAGAUAUUUUAGAUAACGCCGCUUUUAUGCCCAUAGAGGUUCAAAAUCAAGACCAGUACGACGGUGUAAUGGAUAUCUUUCCAUACGACGGUGAAGAGUUGGAUUCCCAACCAUUCCCAAGGAAGUUCCCGUUCUCAUCGGUAGUACCAGAUGUAUACGUACAAGUGAAGGAGUUUAUAUACGCAUGGCUGAAGUACUCGGUUGGGCUGGGCUUCGGCGGCAGCCGGCGGGCGGCGGCCGCCCGGCACUCGGCCUCGUUGCUGCUCAGCCGCUCCUUCACUGGCUGCUUGUCAGCGCUGUUCCGCAGGCCAUUACCCCUCAUGCAGAUUGUUCAGAUCAUCGUGGACACGCAGUACUUGGAAGACGCGACGUUAUAUCUAUACGAGUUCAUCAGCAACAUCACCGGUUCCGAACUUGUCACCACCCAGGCAGCUGGUAGUAUGUUCCAAGCGGCGCGCGACGAUGCAGAGCAGCAGAUAUGCGACAAACUGGAAAAGAAAGUCGACGAAUUUCUAGAUCUCGAGAAUUACGAUUGGCUUCUAGUGGAGCCGACGGGCCAGGCGUCGUCUUUCGUCACCGAUAUGUUAAGCUACCUGUCCGGGGUGCUCACCUCGCUCGAGCAGCUACCCGAAAGAGCCAGAGUGGCUGCAGUUAGAGCAGCGACGAAUCGUAUAGCGACGCGUCUCCGCAACUUACUCCUGGACCCGGCUGUAAAGCAGAUCUCCUCCGGUGCCCUCUACCAACUGGAUCUAGACGUGAUACAAUGCGAGCAGUUCGCUGCUGGCGAGCCCGUCCCUGGGCUGAGGGAGGGCGAGUUGUUAGAGCAUUUUGCGAGUCUAAGACAACUUCUCGAUCUCAUCACCGGUUGGGACUGGUCAUCAUACCUUCACGACGUUGGCAUCGAGGGCGGGAAAUACUCACUGGUCACGCCCCGCGACGCCGCCACACUCCUCGAGAAACUCAAAGAGGCCGAACAGAAAUCGUCUGUGUUCUCCGUUUUGAAGAAGAAUGAGCGAGAUAGAAGGAAAUUACUCGACACCGUGCUGAAACAGUUGAAGCAACUGCAGAACCAGGAUGGUUCCUAAUUUAUUAUAAAAUUUAAAUUGCAAAGAUCAGCGCCAUCUAGCGAUUGAAUGAAUAAGUUUAUUUGUUUGUUCCCACCAUUACGCACGUUUAACCAGCAUCUUUCCUACAUUGAGGUGAAUAAUUAAUAUUGUAUAUUUUAAAAUAAUAGUUACUUUACUGUCCGUCUGUCUGUAUGUGCGUAGCUAAAUUUUAUUUUUUCAUUAAAAAAAUUGAUCUUAGUUUGAAUUAAGGAGGAAUAUUAAGGUCGCGAAGUAAGGUCUCGAAAACACGUGUAUAGAAAAUAAAUGACAAUUUAUUUUCUAAUUUUAAAUGCAAUUUAUAAUUGUGCUUCUAAUGUGUAUUCAUGAUAUCCAGUGAAAAUCAUAUGAAAUCAUAAUAUAAUUAUGAUUUUCCCUGGAUUAUACGAUGGUACAGUUGUGCUGUCCGCUCAAAGCAUUCCGUGUAGUCGUAUGGAACGCUUCGAACGUAAGUGAUAAUUGCAUUUAGCUUCUAUUUUAUUAAAAAUACCGAAAAUUCAUAUAGCAUAUAUUAAAUAUUGGUUUAAUAUCCGAUAAUUGAAGGUUUUGUUGAAAAUUAAACUUAUUUGGUGCUAAAGUAUUAUUAAAAAAUAUAGAUGUAUUCAAAGCAAAAAUUAUCAAAUCGCACAUAGACAGUAAUUAAUUAAUAAUAAUAAAAAAAAUCUGUAGUUUUCACAAUUAAUUUUAAUUUAUUAAUAAUUUAUAUCAAAAUAAUUUAUAUUAUUAUAUAAUUGAUAUUCUUGCAGGAAAAAUGUGUCUAUUAUAAUUGUUUUAGUUGUAGCGAUAGAUUGCAUUUAUAUAAAAACUAAACCCACUCCUGUAUUAUGUUUAAUCAAAUAAAUUAUUUUUAUAUACU